AUGGUGCUGCCAGCAGGGGCUGUCUGUCGCUCUUGCUGCUUUCUGUUGCUCUUGCUGUCGCUGUCUAUUGGUCCUGCUGUCGCUCACAAUGUGACUGAGGUUGUUGCGGAGCGCCUGUUCGGAAAGCCCAGCCACCAACUUGGUCAGAGCGCGGCGUCGAGGUGCCGGUUAGUCGUUAAGCCAUGUUCAAAGACCUGGCGCAGCCAUGUCCCUGACGGCGGCGGGUUGAGGCUCGGGAGUGCUUACGCACUCCCAAGCGAGAUCGUCCUCCCCGGUGAGGGCACGAUUACUAUCCCGGAUAACGCCACGAUGAUUGUCGGCCGCGCUGGCAUCCUCCUGCCGGAGGAUGUGAUCCUGGGACACGGCGGCACCAACAUUAUCCCCACGGAUAUGGAACUGGGGGGACACCUCACCUUCCCGAACGUCAAUGUUACCAUGCCUAGGGCUCUCCGCCACCACGAUGGCACCACCCGUCCAGCCGGGUUUGUCCAGAUCGGCGGCGGCACCAUCGAGGCGGGCUCGGCUUGGCUUGGCGGUAUCCGCCUGUCUUCCGGCACACUUAUCCCGGCGGCGACCGUCAUCCCCGCGGGCACUGUGCUCCCUGCUGGCACCACCCUCCCGGGUGGCACUACUCUGCCACGUGGCACUGUCCUCCCUGCUGGCGUCAAUCUCCCUGGUGGCACAGCCUACCCGCGAAGCAUCUCACUCCCUCGGGGAGUCUAA